AUGUCAUUCUGGCCGUUUGGACAUAGUUUGAACAAUUCGAACGUUAACAGGAUUCUCGAUGACUAUUUCAACGUGCUACAUGCAUUGGAGAAAUCUAAUCCUGCAGUAGCAGAAUCUGUUCAACAAAAUUUUAGUGGGAGUGGGAAUGGAGAGUCUGGUGGUCAUAGCCCUGAUGAGAUUUCGAGUGUGGACUUGAAUGAAAGACAAACAAGUGGAUUUAGGCCUAGUAAUGGAUCCAGCUCCAGCUCCAGCUCGCUUUCGUCGAAGACUGAUUUAGAUGAGGAUGAUAUCGCUUCUGCGACUACCCCGAUGGUUAUUACUUUACAGAGUCUGAACAGUUCGUUUAUCGACAAGAUUCUUGAUGAAUCAGAGCUUUUGAACGAGUUGACAAGGCAGAAUAGUAAUUUGUUAGAUUUCAUAUGUUUUGGAUUCUUCUACGAACCAAAGACCCAUGCUAAGGUACAGCACAUGGACUAUUUGAUCGGCCAGAUGCUUGAAUGUAUCGAUUCAUUCUCCGAGGAUACCAUUAAUCCUUCAAGGGACUCUCCCAUGGCUUCUGUACAGGAAAAAGACCAGGAUCUGAAUGAUAACGAUAAUGAAGAACUAGACGAAAAUGCGGUUAGUUGUGCAUCAGAGAACAAGGAGCAAAAGCUUUUGAACAAGGCUAACAUAAUAUCUGAGAUUCUCUCCCUUGAUAUCUGGCUAAUAACAGAAUCUUUGAUGAAGAAAGACACUCAUCUGUCAAGGAUAUGGUCUAUGUUGAAACAUCCUAAUAUGAAAAGUGAAAAGUCACCUUUAGUUUCCAUGUUUCUCAAGAUCAAUCAGAAUCUCCUGGUUGCAAGAAAGGAUCAAUAUCUUAAUUUCAUUCGUUCCUUAGAUCAUUUCGUCGAUGACUUGUUAGCUCAUGUUGAUGUGUCGAUGUUGAUGGACUUUUUGCUUAAAUGCAUAGCCACGGAUAAAGUAGAAGUGCCAACGGGGGUUAUAGAGCACGUCGAUGAACAGCGUUUGGUUCGCAAAUGCUUAGAAUUCCUAAACAAUGAAAAAUACGAUCCCGAUAUACAAGCUUGCGCAGGGGAUUUUUUGAAAGCUUUGAUCGCUAUCUCGGCGAAUGCACCUCUCGAUGAUAUGUCCAUUGGACCAAAUUCGUUGACUAGGCAGCUAGCUUCCUUAGAGUGCAUCGAAAAUCUAGUGGACAUUAUAAUCAAGAGACGAGGUUCAGCCUUAAACAUCACGGUGUCUAUCGUCAUAGAACUCAUUCGAAAAAAUAAUUCGGAUUACGACCAGGUAAAUUUACUGACCACAAAUCUGCAAUCCAAUCCUCCUUCGAAUCGUGAUCCCAUAUACCUUGGCUAUAUGUUACGACACUUCGCACAGAAAUUGCCAGAGUUAUUUGAUAUAAUAUUAGAUGCUGAUAAUGACCCAUCUAUACCGAUGUUGAAAAAUCAACUGAAUGAACAUUUUAAACCUUUGGGGUUCGAAAGAUUUAAGAUUGUUGAGUUGAUCGCAGAAUUACUGCAUUGUUCCAACAUGGGUCUUAUGAAUUCGAAGAGGGCCGAGAGGAUAGCUGCUCAGCGUGAUAAGGCAAGAACUCAAUUAGCCGUACAAUUACAAGAUGCUCUAGAAGAUUUGAGUAUCGAAGAUAAAAAAGACAUUGACGAUAAACAAGAAUCUAAGAACGACAAAAGCAUUGACGAAGGUCACAAUUAUGACCAUGAUGAUAACAAGGAACGUGAUAAAGAUGAUUAUGAUAAUGAUAAUAACGAAAAUGCAUCAGUUUCGGGAAGUGGCGAAACCAAGAAUCAAAAUCCAUCGAGAGCAGUUAGUGAUAUCAGCUUGAGUAACGAUGUAGACUUGAGUGAUGAAGAAGUUGACGAAAGCUUUGAAAUUCCAUAUGUUAACGAAAACCAAAACGCAAAAUUGAGGAAGAAUCCUACUAUUGGUGAUCUUUUCAAGAUAAUGUUCUAUGAUACGCAGAUACUACCAAAGAUCAUACAACUAUUUUUAUCACAUCCCUGGAAUAACUUUUGGCAUAAUGUCAUAUUUGAUAUCAUUCAACAAAUUUUCAACGGAAGAAUGGAUUUCUCAUACAACUCAUUUCUGGUCUAUUCGUUGUUCAACUUGAAUGGCUCCAAAAAAUUUAUGCCAGAGGCCAUAGCGGCAGCUUCAAUUUUUGAUAAUUUCAAACUCACAAAAGAUUUCAUUUUGCAAGGUUAUCAAAAUUCAUACGCAUUUUAUGAGAAAAAACGCACCAAUCUGGGAUAUAUGGGACAUUUAGUACUGAUCGCGGAGGAAGUUGUGAAGUUCUCCAAAUUAUACAAAGUGGAGUUGAUAUCUCCUGAUAUUCAUGAUACCCUACAGGAUGAGGGAUGGCGUUUCUACGCUGAAGAUGUUUUGAAUGAUACCAGAAUAAUGUAUUCUAAAAUUUUGGGAGGCGGAAAUUACGUUGAUGAUGGUAACGGUAAUAUUGUACCACAGUUGCCGGAGCAGCUGCCAUCAUCGAACGACGAUGCAAGUGAGGAGGAAGACAAGGUUAAAGGUGGGGGUCUGAUCAACGUUGAGUCUUUGGAAGAACAGCUAGGUCUUUCCACAGAAUCUGAUCUACAUGAAAAGUUGAAAGAGAUUUUGAUAGCCAACUCACAGCAAGAAGUCGAGAAAAAAAUAAGGAGAAUGGUGUAA